CAGACAUAUCUGAAACUAACCUUGGUUUCCUAAUCGCGAACCUCAUUUAAGCAGCACAAUUUUUGAGGCUUACUUCCUAGACUAUAUUAAUCAAACGGAUUUCUUUAUGAUUAUCACAGGAUGUUUGUCUUUUGUUAUAAACUGGAACGAUUAGUCAUCAAGACCUGUCGAAUGAGAUUACUUUCAGCUCCUAGACUGUAGCUAUUGUUUCAGUAAACCUAAUCACUGAGAUGGAGUCGCCAUCUUUCAUGACAUCCAGUCGGCACCACCAUUUAUACUCACUACAGAUUAGGUAUAACAUUUUCAAAUUUAUGAUUCGGUGCUUCUAAAAAUACAUUUAUUGAGAUUUUAAUUGUUCUAAUCGACAAGCUGAAUACUGAGAAGUAUUUGUUUCUUAAACCAGUGAUUUUUAAAUGUGGUGAAUGCAGCACUUAAGUUCUCAAAUAUCCCUAUUUUCUUUCAGCUAACCAUUUUAUGUUAAUUGUGAAUCCGUAUAUUACCUUUCAAGAACCGUUGACUCAUUUGUUUAUCGUCAAACGACAUUUUAACUCAAGUAUGUUAAUAGCAUUAUGUAGCGGGAUCUGCAACAAGCAGAUUUUCUUAUGGUGACUGGUAGACGACUAGUUUUCUAAGGGAAUUAGGACUGCGAAACGACGAGAUUUAAAUUACGAGUAGUACGAAAAAGAGCAUCUUUCCAGUAAGAACUUGACAUGUUUUUCUAGUUUAGAAACGUUUCGGGAUUUCCUCAAAGUUUUCGUUAGCAUACAUUGUGAUGACAAAUUGCCAAUGAACCUCUUAGUCUACGGAGUUGGAUAUUGCCUCUGUUAUUGGAAAUCAGUAAUUUUAGAUAUAUUCCAAAACCAGACAUAUCUGAAACUAACCUUGGUUUCCUAAUCGCGAACCUCAUUUAAGCAGCACAAUUUUUGAGGCUUACUUCCUAGACUAUAUUAAUCAAACGGAUUUCUUUAUGAUUAUCACAGGAUGUUUGUCUUUUGUUAUAAACUGGAACGAUUAGUCAUCAAGACCUGUCGAAUGAGAUUACUUUCAGCUCCUAGACUGUAGCUAUUGUUUCAGUAAACCUAAUCACUGAGAUGGAGUCGCCAUCUUUCAUGACAUCCAGUCGGCACCACCAUUUAUACUCACUACAGAUUAGGUAUAACAUUUUCAAAUUUAUGAUUCGGUGCUUCUAAAAAUACAUUUAUUGAGAUUUUAAUUGUUCUAAUCGACAAGCUGAAUACUGAGAAGUAUUUGUUUCUUAAACCAGUGAUUUUUAAAUGUGGUGAAUGCAGCACUUAAGUUCUCAAAUAUCCCUAUUUUCUUUCAGCUAACCAUUUUAUGUUAAACAAAAAUGUCCACGAAGAAAGAUUGGUUACCAAAACGUAUUUGUGUUCCGCGUAAGAGUGUUUCAAUUAAUGACUCUUCAUCUUGGAUCUGUUCUUUCGGUCCUACAAAUAGUUUACGAUCUAAACGGUCAUUCAGCCGUGUUGCACCCGAUUCGAGGAUCGUAAUCAAUACAAAAAGUCAAGAAGAUGAAAGUUGCAUAAAUAUUUCGCCGACGUCAUCGCCAGAGGGAGAGACCUUUGAGUUAGGCCAUCAAUUAUUAAGCAUCGAAAAUUUAGAUGAACCCCUUUCACCGAAUGAGUUCCAGCAGAUCCAGAAUUUGAUUUCCGGUAACUGUUCGUCUUCAGUUUCCUCUCAAAAUGAAAAUGCUGUAAUUUGUGAGUAUUCUCAGCCAAGUUCUGUGACUGAAGUUGUCAAUCAGAAUGAAUUCACAAAUCUCGAUGAAUCUAACUUUGAUUCCUUAUGUUAUCUUACUGAGUUGCAACGAGAUUGUUCAGAGCUCCCUUAUACAAAUCUGACUGUCAAAUCUCUUCCUCGUCGAAUAUCUUCGAAUAGUAUAUUGCGAAAACUCCACUAUUUGGUCAAACGUAACUCUUCAGAACGUUCUAUCUGGUUGCAUCAACGUUCAACUCAAAAUAUCCUUGAUUCUACUAAGCAUGCUUCGAAAACUUUUCAAGUUCUUAGAGUAUUUCGUAAUUAUUCAGAUAGUUUGCCUGGAUUAGUAGCAUUCGGUGUGCGUGAAGUUGUAAUACCUUUAGAAAAUAAAACUGAAAUAUCUAAUGCUAAUGAAAAUGUAUCAAACAAAUUCGCGAUCCUCCUUCUACCUAUUUCUGGUGUCCCUUUUGUUACAGAAGAGUUGUUUUCAUCCGCUGCAACAAAUUUCGUUUUAGGCAAUGAUUUAAAAUGUGGCGAUCUUGUUAUGGUAUUUAGUCCAUGGUUAACAUAUCCUUCUCAUGAAUUCAAUAGUUUGCCUGUGAUGUAUUCAUUCUUCUGGGUUGAACGUUUAAGACAUGAGGUUUUAAGUGAUGUAGAAAAUGAUUUUCCUGAUUCCCAAAUAAUCCCUCAUAAACCUGAACUAAUUACUUGUUCAUGUUUAAUAUCAUGUGAUCCAUUUAUUGUUUUGAAUUGUCCAAAACGUUUUAAAGGAUUAGCAGAACCAAAGUCAUCUGUCAUUCAAACGUUUCAGGAUUCUUCCGAAAAUAUGUUGACAGAAAUAUUUAAUAGGAAGUGUUUUUUAGUCUUGGGUUGCUAUCGAUUUUGGUUACUGAAGAAAUUAAGAUAUAUUCUAUUAGUUUGGCAUUACAACGAUUGUCCUGGACUAAUUCUUCUACCAGAUCAGCUAGUUCAUCCGGGUAACCUCAAUAAUCCUGUUGUUUCUUAUCAAAAUUUUCAUAUUGGAAAUGUGUACACAUCUGAGUCACUUUUACAACUUCCUGAUAAUCAGUUGCAGGCUAAUGUUCAAAGGGAAAUACAUAAUCACUUAAAUGAAAUUAAACAUAGUUUGGAAUCGAAAUAUGUCAAUAGUUUAAAUCAUUUCAUCCAUGGUUCAACUAAUCCCCAUAUUUCUAUCAGUGAAAAUACAUCCAUAGAAUAUUCAAACUGUUCAAUAAAGUUAUGGGAUGCUCGUGCAUCUCAUUUCAAUUUGAUAGAAUCAAAUUAUAUUCACUUCAAUUUGUCAACUCCAUACAAAAUUAAUCUGGGUAACUAUACGCGCUGUUCGAUCAGUGGUUACUUAGUAUUUGAGCCAGCAGAAGGUUCACUUGUCAAAGAUGUUAUUUUCGAUUUGUAUAAUCAUGAAAGUAAAAAAUUGAAAUGUUCUUUAAAAAAUCUAAAUAUAUUUACUAAUGAACAAAAAUCUACACGAACAUUUUACUUAUGGAUUUCUGAAUCUGUUACAUCAACAUUAAUUCCAUGUAUUUGUUUAGUCGAUGUUACUUCACCUAUAGAGUUAAUUUACGAACAAUUAUUUGCUAUCUCUUCAACAUCAAAUUUUUUAUCUACUACUGGAUUUGGUGUUUAUAUAAUCAUUGAUCAAGGAUUAUUUUUUGAUAGUUUCAUUCUUCUAGAUCGUUUUACGUCACUUAAGACUGAGAAUUAUUCUCAACAUUCUUCAUCGAUGUAUGCUUUAAAAAAUUCUCUCUCCAAACAGAUUUAUUCCAACUAUAUUUUAUUACAGUCACUUGAAGAUGUGAAUAAGUUACGUGUUCAUCAAAUUGUUAGUUUUUCAGGUACAUUGAUCCAUGUAGAUACAAGUCGAUCACAUGUUUGGUCUAUUUGUCCUUAUUGUGCAUGCGCUGAUUUUGAAAUAUAUUCUGGUGUUGAUAAUAAAGUCAAAUAUUUUUCUAAACAAGAAAAUUUGAAAUGUGUCCGAUGUUUAGCGCUUUUAUCAAAUCCUCUUGAACGAUUGGAAACAGAAGUACAAGUUUUAAUUAAUUUUGACAACGAUCAAUCCACUGUUGAUAAAUUGAAAAGACAUAAAUCGUCUGUAGAAUUGACACUAAAUAUGGCCUCUUGGAGACUUUGCAAAUUACUCAAUGUAACACAAUCAAAUUUGUUGAAGGGAUCGGGCCUCAAUGCACAAAAGUUAGUAAAUUGUCAUUUAGACAAUGUCAUUGGUGUAGUUGUGCAUAUACCAAACAAAGUGUUUUCAAUUGAUAAUGUACAAAAAUACAAUGGUUAUUUGGGAAAUAUUUAUGUUAUCGAACUAGAUCAAAUGGAGAAUGGCAAUAAAAUGCUGUAACUAUUCACAAUGACUUUAUAAAUCACAAUCGUUAUUAGUAUUGGUUUUUCAAGAGCAGUUAAUUACCAUAUGGGAUACAUCGUCUAUAUUUGUCUCGUGAUUUAUUUAUAUCAUUCAAGCUACAGGAACAGAGAAUAAAAGAUAAAUAUAUACAAACAAUUUUCCAUCAUUUGUAAAUACCUUUUUAAUUUUGUAAAUUUCCUUACAGAAUACUAUUUUGUGCAAAAAUACAAGUUGUUUGUGCGUUUUCAAUUUUUUUUGUUGUUGAAGAAAAUUAGAUGACGGAUAAUUGACUGAAGUUUUAAGAAUGAAGUGGGCUUUUUAUUUUGUUCUAUCUUGAAUUCAUAAAAUGAUGCUGAUACAAAUAAAUUACUGUGAAUGAAAAUUGUAACCUUGGUUACUAAACUUAUUAUUACUUUAGACAUAUUGCUGAGUUUUCUAUGGUUGAUUUUGUUAAACUUCUCCGCAAUGUCUCCAAAAACAAAUGUCUUCAUCCUGAAGUAAAUAGGAUUUUUAAUAAUAAAUUUUAUCUAAUUUUUAUCUAAUCCAAUCCAGAUGAAUAUUGAGAACUUUUUAAGUUUUGAACAUCGAAACUAUGUUAUUCUGUAAAUCCUUUAACAGUACUGUCCUAUGGAACUAAAUUCAGAACUCGGAUAUGUUCCAUCGUAAGUUAGUUAUUACAAAUUCGGUCAAUCUGUUAUUUACACACAUCUUAUUACGUAAUGAUUUUUAAGGUUUUGUGAUUACUAUUCCUAGUCUAUUUACCCAUGUUUAUUUGACCUUCUAUUUCCAACGAUUAACUAUUGAUAAGAGUUUUGUUAUUAUAGUUUAUUAUUCUUACCACUAUCUGUUCACCUGUCUUCGUACUAUCAACUUGUACUUUUACCUAUUUUAUGUGUAGUGACUUAUUCUAUUUCAUUGUGAUUAUUGACUCAUAUUGCCUUGAUUGGUUUAAAAUUUUCGUAUAAAUAUCCAUGUAUAUUAGAGUAAAGCCUGAUGACGAUCUAAUUGAAAACAAUUGUUCGCUUAUAUGUGUUGUUCUAAUUUUCACAAUGGGAAUCUUUAAUAAUCUGUUAUCUCUUACUGAGAUCAACGAGCACCACAACUUGAGAAAAAACAUUUAUGAAGUCCUCAUCAGUGUUUACAUUUCCAACCUAAAAUCAAAUAUAUUAAAUUAUUUUAAUGGUUAUCUCUUAAAACAACAUAGUUGUUUAUUAAAUUUAUAUAUUAAUUUAAAUACUCUUAGAAAGUAUUUUCUUUUGGUUCCGUUGUCAUCUUUUAUUCGUUGGUUGAAAGUUCUUAAGGUCUGUUGGUUAAGUAGACGUUAUUAUGUUUCUUUUCAUGCAAAAGAAGAUUCACAUAUUUUAUGAUUUUUAUUAUCAUUGUUUUCUUUUUUUUUGAAAUAAUUAUCAAUCAUUGCUUACAAAAAGCUUGUGACUUAAGGCAAUAUCGAGGCAUACGCACAGUAUGCACAUAUGCCGAUAACAGACUGAUCAAUUGCAGUCUUAAACCUCAAUGGGAAGAUACAUGCCAAACAAUACCAAGUGAACUUAUCCUGAUAUUUUAUUACAGGACUUCUUAAAUAUUCAUUGAUAAACUGUCUUAAAACAUUAAUUAAUCAUUUGUUCGUUGAAUUAAUGAGUCAAUUGAAGCUAGACCACCAUGGAAAACCUGGAAGCACUGGACGGCCGUUUCGUCUUAGUGUAUAGACGACUCAGUGUUCUAAUGGUUGGACGCUUGUUUGCAAGACUGAUAGGACGUGGAUUCAAAUCUCGCGAGAUGGGAUCAUGGAUGAGCACCACUGAAGAGUCCCAUACUAGGACGAGACGGCUGUCCAGUACUUCCAGGCUUUCGAUGGUGGUAUAGCUUCAAUUGAUUCAUGAAUUCAAAAAUUAAAUCAAUUUCCCGUAUUUUUUCUUCAUAUUUUAUCAUUUCCUAAUUUCAUGUUUUAUAUGAAUAUAUUGAAACUUUCUUAGGUCAAGUUAAUUCAAUCUAUUUUCAAAGGAUAUUAAGAAUAAAUUUCAUUUCAGGGUUAGCGGUACCAAAUCUUACUGGGAUUUUCGAAAUUUCUGUUUACUUUAUCUUAAUAAUAAACCAAUGAAUACAUAGACAAUAAUAGUUCUGAUGAUCUUAUUUUAUUAUAUUCUUCAAGAGUUCUUACGUUAUUAAUAAUUUUAAUAAACAGCCAAGUGUUAGACGCA